AUGUGCCCGCAGAACCAGAGGUACUAUGCACCUGAUUCGUGCUGUGAUUCCUGCAAGUGUCUGGUGGAUGGUCAACUGUUCCCGAAAGGUGAAUUCAAAGACCCAUCAGAUCAGUGCAAUACGUGUGAAUGCUUCGAUGACGGUAACUAUGAAUGUAAAAAGCGUCCAUGCGAGGAAGCCCUGUGCGGUGUGAAUAGACAAGAAAAAGAAUAUUGUGGAUGCCAUGUUUGCGAUGAAUCGUGCAGAAAUGUUAAGUGUCCGCAAAUAGAAUGCCCAAAAGGGCGGAAAGCGUACUCCCCAGAUUCGUGCUGUGAGAGCUGCUUCUGUAUGGCUGGAGGACAGAUGCAGCCCAAAGGCCCUUUUGAUGAUCCUGCUGAUCCGUGCAAAACAUGUGAAUGCUACGCAGACGGAGAUUACGCCUGCAGACAGCGGGCAUGCCCGGUACCUCAAUGCGGUUUGAACAAGCAGAUUAAGGAUGCCUGUGGAUGUCCGGUAUGCGAUGACUCGUGUAGACAUGUGAAGUGUGCGAAGGUCGAUUGCCCGAAUGGGCGGGCGGCCUACGACCCGGAUUCGUGUUGCGAGAGCUGCUUUUGUGUGGUCGGAGGAAAACUCAUAACCGAAGGUCCUUUCGUUGACACUGCUUAUCCGUGCAAAACGUGUGAAUGCUACCCGAAGGGAGAUUACAACUGCCAACAGCAGGCAUGCCCAAUACCUCGCUGUGGAGUGAAAAAACAGAUAAAAGAUAAAUGCGGUUGUCCCGUUUGCGUUGACUCGUGCAAAUAUGCGCGGUGUCCAACUGUUGUUUGUCCUGAGAAUCAGAAGUACUUUGAACCGGAUUCGUGCUGUGAGACCUGUCAGUGUCUCGUCGAUGGAAAAUGGAUACCGGAAGGCCCAUUUGGAGAUCGGUGUGACGCCUGCGUAUGUAAAUGGGGCACAGUCAAGUGUUCGCCUCCCGCCUGCCCAAUCAAGCCGCUCCAAUGUGUUGAUCCCAUCAUUAAUGAAAAUUGCAACUGGCACUGCCCGAAUGGAUUAGAGUCUCUCGCGAAAUAUACUACACAAUCAGGGAGGGUGGGUGGGGAAAGGGACGGGGAGGUAUACCAAUACGGAGGUGCCGGCGGAUCUGCUGGGCUCUUUGACCUCUUCUGGGCGUCAAAACGCAGACAAAAUCCCCUCAACCUGGUGUCGGAGGAAUCUCUUGGCCGUCAGUGUCAUGAGCGGUACAUCGAAAUGGACGUAAGGAUGAUGCUUGAGUGGGACUCAUACGACACUCACGAGACCACGUGUGAGGAUUUCCUCAAGAAUGUGGGAGCAAUCUACAGCGACCGAUAG